CGGCCGGGGUCUCUGGAGUGGUGGUCUCUGCUUGGAGUCACUCGGGUUGUGUUUCUCUGCUGGUCAAGCGACACACCCACAAUAAACUGCCUACUAGAAGUAAUAAACCCAACGCGCGGUGGACUUAUAAAGAAGCUGUCACCUUGUAAUGGAAGAGAGUGGAGCUGACCAUGAUAUUGCUAUGGAAGGAUCUAAUGAUUUGUUCAUAGGCAGCUGUAAUGGUGCAGGAGAGUCAGAAACAAAUGAUCAGGUAUUUCAGAAGUUGCUGCUCAAAGUACAUUUUACUGUUUUUCCUCUGUGAAAGCAACUAACGUGCAUGGAUUCCAGGGAUCUAUUGUUUGGCCAGAGCGACUCUCCCCCCGCCCUGCCCAUCACAGUGCCCCUCUCGGGCAGUCCUCCCGCAUCGGCUGUGCCGGCGCGGCCGCCCCAGCCACGGUCCCACUCUGCCGAGGAAUUCCACCUGGCAGAGCAGCCCAGGCAGCCCCUGUGUGAGCUGCAGCCGCUGCGAGGGCCCAGUGCACCCAUGAUGAUUGUUGCCAGCCAGUCAGAAAAUGGACAGGUGCUGCAUGUCAUUCCUUCUGCCCAGCCAGGAGUGACUCAAGUGAUUAUUCCUCCAGGUCAGCUUCUGGAUGUGACCAGCACGCAGGAUAUUUCAGAAGAGAAGUGUGGUGAUGGGAACCUGCAGACUGUGGUGGUGGCUUCCAUAGCAGACAGCGCAAGCAGUUACAUUCUACAUCCACAGGCAUCUCUCACCGUAUCAAAAAAAACAACCACCAGGGUAGUGGAAGAUUCUUUUCCCAUCCCUCUUCAGCCAUUGCCACUAAAUACGCCUGCAUGGGCACGCCGUCUCAGGAGCUGUGAGAGAAUUGGGGACUCGUACCGCGGCUAUUGUGUGAGCGAGGCAGAGUUAGAGAGCGUUCUCACGCUCCACAAGCAGCAGACACAGAGCGUGUGGGGGACGCGCCAGUCUCCAAGCCCAGCCAAACCCGCCACACGGUUGAUGUGGAAAUCUCAGUAUGUCCCAUAUGAUGGGAUCCCCUUUGUCAAUGCAGGAAGCAGAGCCAUUGUAAUGGAGUGCCAAUAUGGCCCAAGGAGGAAAGGAUUUCAGCCCAAAAAAGCUGGUGAGCAGGAAAGCACCUCUAGCCAGCUGUACAAAGCCACUUGUCCAGCAAGGAUCUAUAUUAAAAAGGUCCAAAAGUUUCCAGAAUACAGGGUUCCUACUGACCCUAAAAUUGACAAGAAAAUCAUAAGAAUGGAGCAGGAGAAAGCAUUCAACAUGCUGAAGAAGAACUUGAUAGAUGCUGGUGGUGUCCUCAGGUGGUAUGUACAGUUACCUACUCAGCAAGCCCACCAAUAUCAUGAAAUGGAAACUUCCUGCCUCCCUCCUUCACCAUCCCAUCUUUCUAUGCCUUCUCCUGAGGAGGAGGAGGAAGUCAUUAGAGAUGAGAACAGUACUCUGCCUUCUCGACUUCAUCCUCAAGUGGCAGACAAGAUCCGAGAGCUGGUGUCUCAGGGAGUAGAGCAGGUCUAUGCCGUGAGGAAGCAACUAAGAAAGUAUGUGGAAAGAGAAUUGUUCACACCUGAUGAAGUGCCAGAAAGACAUAACCUGUCCUUCUUCCCCACUGUGAAUGACAUCAAGAACCACAUUCAUGAAGUGCAGAAGUCCCUAAGGAAUGGAGAGAUGGUGUAUAAUUCAGAAAGUAUCCCAGCAACGCUGCAGUGGACCACAGACAGUGGGAAUGUCCUCACAGAAACAGUGACUGUUGCGUUUGCCUCACCACCUUCAGAUGGGAGCUCAGGAGCAGAGUCAGUCAUCACCAAAGCAGAAUCCAACCAGAGCGGGGAGUCCUUGAUACCAGAAACAGCUCAGCUGUUGUCUUCACUCUCUUCACUUCAGCCCAAGAUAUUUGCACAGCUUCAGGGAUUACAGCUGCAGUCAGCAUUUACCUCGGCAAAUGGAUCAACAGCCCUGCUAGCUGUAAAUAACCAUUCCCCUCCCAGCCCUGCAGGUCUCCUGGAUUCCCUGGGGGGUGCAGUAGGCAGCCAUUCUCUAGCACUGAGUCAGGGGCACAGUCUGCAAGCAGGUGCUGGCCUAACACGGGACAGUGCUGCUGCGCCUGCUUUUGGGGCUCUGCCUGGCUCUGAUCAGAGUCUGGUUGCCAUGGGCCAGCUGGUACCUGCUGAAGGGGUGGAUGACUCCAGAAGCCUGGAAGGAGGAGCUCAGCAGAUUCUCUUGGGAGAUGUGCAGACUAUUCCAGUACGGAUUGUGGACAGCCAGCCAGCACUUACUGAAGAAAAUACAGAGGGUGUUGUUACUUGUGUGAGCCAAGUUAAACAAGAACCAAGAGACAUUGCAUUGUCUAUGGAAGCAGAUAAAAUCAGAGACUGCCACAGUUCCUCACCAUAGUUCUUCGCCUUCACCUGUGAAGCCUGGAAGGAUUUUUCAAAUUGGAGAACUCUAAAUGUCUUGGAAGGAAAGGCAGGUGCUCUCAAAGUACUGCCAUUCUUUUUUAAUUGUAUAUGACAUUCAGACUAAGCAUAUUUUAGAGUAUUUCUGACAGAAAGCUGUUUUGGUUUGACUCAUGUGGCUCACUGCCAACUCCAGGUCAUUCAGUUGCCCCAUAGAACACCACCUCUCUUUUCUGUUUCAAGUUUUGAGUAAUUUGGAUUCUCUCCAAAUGGCCCAUUUUGUUCAUUGUUUCUGAAGGUCUUCCACAAUUUAAUUCCUUAGCUUUAGAAUGUGGAUCACAAUCCUGGGUUCACAUUUUCUGCUUGAGACCCUUGACUUUUAUUGUACUACAGAGACCAUAGAAUCUGUCAGCUCCAAGAUCACAGAAUCCAGCAGCAAAGUGGAUUAGUAUGGCAAUGGUUUUGUGACAAAAGGAAGGUCCAGGAUGCUAAAGUGAUAAAGGACAUGGAUGCUUAAGAAAAUGCAACUUUGACCUGAUCAUAAUGUUAAUGGUGUGAAGAUCAAGGAGAGGAGAAAGCUCAAAAACUGCAUACCAGAAUGGGUACCUCCUUCCAUGCUGCUGUGUUCAAUAAUUCUAUCAUGGCCAGCUUAUCUUUAAGUUUAAACUAUUGCAUUCCAACUUAUAUUCUCUUUCCCUAUAUUGCUCUUUUUUUGAGACUUUUUUUCCUCAUUGUUGAGAAUUCUUCUUUUGAAAAGAAUAAAUUACAGCUAAAGAUUACCAGCGAGAGGUUAUUUCAGUUUUAGUUCUCUUCAAAGCAGACAGUACAUUUGUGACUGGAGUAAAAGCUUAAGGAAAGUCAAGUUAUAUUUCCAUCAGUUCUUGCUUAGUUCCCUCAUUAACAGUUCUGGUUUUAACAUGGUUCUUUCCACCAUGAGCUACAGUCUCAUCCUGUGCUGCACAGUAUUUCUGGUGGCAUUUCAGGUUUUGACCUAGUGCUCACAGCUGGAGAAAACACUCUUUUAGUCCAUCUUGAACUGCAGGUUCUGAAAUGAAUUUUGUAUUCUAUCCUGAUUUGCAUGGUACUCUAAAAACAAUAGAAGAAAAAAGUUGGAAGAAUUUUAAAGAAGCAAUAAAUAAUUAGUUGUUUUUAAAAGCUGGGGAUUAGACUUGAAAUUCUAUUAUUCUGUGUAUUGGAAAAUUUAUUUUAAAUGAUUCUUGAGUCAAUACUCACAUUUUUAAAUGAUUCUUGAGUCAACACUUCAGUUUUCUUCAUUUUCACAGAAUUUCAGUUCUUUGUCUUCCAGAUACAUGUUUCAGUUUAUUACUCUGUCAUUUAUUUUAAUUUAAUAUAAUAAUUCUUUUUCAAAGUGUGUUUUACAUUUGUUUUGUGCAUGUUGCUGAAGGAGGAACAUGAGCUCACUCCUAUGACCAGUCUCUAUAUUUGAUUUAAUGCCUUUGUUUACUAAUAUCCACCUACAUUUUACAGAGAAGACUGUUGUGUAUCUGAAAAAAAACCAGAAGUAAAUGCUGCCACGUUCAAUGGUUAAAGUUGUUUAAAUAGAGUACUCAAAUCUGAUUUUUCAGAGUAAUCUAUGUAGCUUGAUUGCAAAGUACUUGGUUAUUACUUUGUGUUGGAAUUGCAGUUGUUUACUUUGUUUUCUUGUGGUUGUUGUGUGCAAGCACUUACUUUGCAAACCUAGAAUUCCUGACCUUCAACAGUACUGUAAAUGAACAACUGAUUCUCCAGUUUUCCUUGUUGUUGGUUGUCUGUAAGAGUGAUAGGUUGCUUUACAGGAAGAGAUGUGCUUCUGUAUGUGCAUGCAAAGAAAACCUUUGGUAAAAUGUAUAGAAGGUGUAAAAAGGUACACAUCUGUAGCUCUCAUUCAAGGCUGGAGGCCUCUUGGAUGGAAACCAAUACUGGUAAUGAGUGCUUUUCGUGGUACAAAAUUAUUGCAGUUUCCACAAAAUUUAGAGGCACAAGUGUCUGUGUAUGUAUGUGUAUAUCUAUUUUUUUUUUCUAUAGUAACUUAAUGUAUAAUAUUCCUAUUCAAAUGUAAACUACUUGUUCUUUUAAAGUAGUGGUCUGUUUUGUGGCUAUGGGAGGCUCAUGGGGAGAAAUGCAAGAGCUCUUUCAGGGCAGAGGAUUUUAGGGAAGGUGAAGAUCAAAUAAGACAGCUUCAGGUGGAAGAAAUUUCUGAAAUCAAGAAUCCUGCUGGGAGGGCUGAUGAGGACUGUGCCUGGGGAGUUUUGGGGUUGAGAGCCCAAAGGCUCAGUGCAGUUCCUGAGUCUAUCCAUAGUCUUCUCUAUGCCAGUAGUGGAUAGUGUGAGUUCAUGGUAGGAAUUUAAAGAUAUGAAGAGAAGGGAAGCCUGCCCUGCCCUUGAAAACAGAAAAGCUGCUUGAGUUUUGGUAAGCACCAGAGGCAGAUAAAUUACUCCCCAUAGUCUGAGGUGCCCAUUCUUAGCUUCUGAUAUGAGGAAAAAACUCCUCUUGGAGCUUCAACCCAGGGCUGUAGACUCUUUUUCUUUACCUGUUACCAAAGCAAACAAGCCUUUUUUUUUUUUCCAACUGAAUUAACCUGCUGCUUUUCUCAUCCCACUGACAGCAGCUCAGUAUCUGCCCAAAUGUCUCUUUCUUCACACUUAUUAAGGCUUCCACAGAAAUCCCAUGUCCUCAGGCCCUCCAAUUCUCAGUGUUUCUCUGUUGGACUGUAGAAGGAGCUGCUGAGUUCAUAGCACAGGUCAGAAGCUCUCCAGCUGGCCUAUCCAACAACAGCAGCUAAGAAGUUCUACAAGCCUUCAAGGAACAUGGAGAGCAUGAAGGUGUGUAAGAUCUUAUGACAGGACCUGCAGGAAUGAAACAGAGGAGAUUGAAGUUUGAUGACAUGACUUCUGUGUAAUGCACUUUCUUUGGUGGGAGGAAGAGGAUUUUCCAAUAGAGAAUAAAAAACAUGAAGCAUUCCAAACUACCCCUCAAAACCACCAUGCUCAGAGCCUGAAAGGAUCACUUACCUCUGAGAGUACUCCAGAUAACUGUCAAGAGACCAGAGCAGAGAACAGAAGAGGAAGACAAGUUUGCAAAAAACUUCUUGCAGGAGAUAAAAAGCCCUCUAAGUUACAACUGAAGAUUGCAAUUUCUUAUGGCUGAAAUGGCUCACUUUAGAUGUGCACUGGUUAUCUUUUGAAUGCAAACUCCAUGGUUUUGGCUGUUGACAAAGCUGUUAUCGCAUUUGAGGUGUUCUGUACGUGGAAGGUCAUGGAGGAAGUGGGAACCUUCUUGAUCUGACUUCUACUGAGAACAGAUGAUCUGUGGAAAGAGGACUUUACCAGUUUAAAAUCAAUAUCCUCACAAUAGUUUCUUGGGUGUACAGGUUUUUCAUGUCAGGUGCUAGUGCAUUUCUAGCUUUGCACAUAAUACAAGACAUAAAAUUACCUCUCAGUGGCCUAGCCUUAUUUUUUGUUGUCUCCUACCACUGUACUCAUUGCUUUUGGGAGUGGGAAAAUCGUUUUAACAUGUUCUGAUUUUCCACUUUUCUGCUUUUCUCCUGUUGCCUCUUUCUCAUACCCAGAGCAGCACGGAAACAAAUUUCUCAUUUUAAAAAAUUUUUCUAUCCUCAGUUUCCCAUGUUUUGGUGUUUCCUUUUUGCUUUAUUGUGCUGGAGUUUGAUUUCUUACAUGAUUGAAAUGUAAGAUAUCGUUGCAUUUUGCUUAAGGAGUGGGAAAUACUGGGGUGAGCUCCACUGCCCCCUUCACUCCAGAAGUCCUCAGAGGAAGCACCUGCCACAGGUUCUGCUCCUGCAUCUCCACACAGAUCAGCACAAAUGCAGACCUGUGUUGAUGACAGCAGUGUCUUUGUGCACCAGCACCUUACCAGUACAAAGUUAUUGCUGUGAGUCCAGAUCAGUGUGUGGGUCUGCCCCACUGUGUCCCCACAAAAUGACUCUUUGGGCACGCCUUGAAAGAGAGCACAGGAGAUGGCCAGGAAGUUCUUAAUGCUCAACUUUGAGUUUGUGCUUCUGUAUUGAGUUCAGGUGCCCUGUGGGUGGCCCCGUGCAGGACACAGCUGGCUCCAGGCAGCUCUGCAAUGGACCUGCCACAGGACACAGCUGAGCAUAUCAGUGAAGCUGGGGCACCUCUGUGUGUCUGUAAGAAAGGGAAAGCGCUGCAUGGCAGAGAGGAGCAAGGAAGAAGGUGAAGCAGUUCCCUCAGCACAAAGGUCACAGAAGAAGGAGAGGAAGGAAUUCCUUCAGAUGCUGGAGCAGGUGGCAUCUUUGGUGAAAGUGCUGUUAACUUUGGGAAAAGAAAUAAGCAGACUUUGGGAAUGAGAUUUAUAUUCUUGUGCUUUCCAGUGAUUAUUUUUCUGAAUAAGAUGGGAACUUCCUUUAGAGGGUAAGUUUUAUAGGUAUCUUCUUACACCACCUUUGGAAAAUACCUGUCACUGGACACAGAGGGUAUCUAGACAGGGUACUAGGUGACAUGACACACUUACUGGUUUGUAAUGGGGGCACUGGAAUAUAAAAUUGAUGGAUAGCUUCCUAAUAUUAGCUAAACUAUUCUUUUCUUUUCAUCCUCUCUCUUCACAUUUCACUAUAAAGGGAAGAGUCUCUGUUAAAAGGAACAUGGUAAAUUGUUAGUUGUCCAUAAAACUGUUUAUGAACAGGUGGAUGAAAAGAACUUCUUUGAUAAUUAAUUAGAUGAGCUUUGGAAAAAAUAGUAUUGUCAUUGUAACUUCAAGUAUUUUCUUCCAAUUGUAUCACUCACUAUUGAUUAUUGUCUUACUGUUUAUUUGCUGUAUAAUUUAUUUUUUAAGCUUUUCUGCCCAUGUCAGGGCCAUAGAAGUAACACAUAUGGCAAUUCUCUUUUCUUUUGAAGUUUUAUAAAAGGGACAAGAAUUCUUUUUUUUUUUUUUAGCUACCUGCUGCUCUGGAAAAGUCCAUGAUUAUCCAUGUUCCAUAGCUACUAAAAAAUAUUUUGUGCUGAAGUAUUCCAUAAACUUGAGAUUUUGUCCUUGGAUCAGGCAAAGUGAAUUUGACAUCUUAAAAAAAAAAAAAAAGCAGACUGACUGCACUGGAACCAAAUCUAGCAUCUUCAGGAGCUGUGACCUAGGGGUCAUCACUUGCAAUUGUAAAAGGAUUGACAUUUUCAUAGUGAAAUGUUUUUAUUCAUCUAGUUUAAUCUAUGAACAAAAGUGUCUCCAUUCCUCUUAUUUCAGACUUCUGAACUCCUUUGCAAAAUGAGAGAUCGCUAGUGAGAUUAGCUAAUAACUGCAAAAAUGGAAAAAAUUUCACUGGGGACAGGUGCUAACAAAAUGUACCAUAAAGCCAGCCAGCAUAAUUAACAUUAGUAAGGUAAGAUCUUUUAGAGAUGAACUACAGGCUAAUACUUUUGGUGGUACACUGGUGUUUAUUCUGAUCUUGCAAACAAAAAUAAUGUUUAUGAGCUGUUGCAGAAAGACCUGGGAAAUAAAGCACUUUCUAAAAUGCCA